AUGGAAGAGCGCACCGCCGGCCGCCGCCGCACUCCCGCCGCCACCCUCCACACGGUCAGGCCAUGGCCCACCACCACCUUCAACCGCAUCUUCGCGCCAAUCAAUCUCCUCGCCGUCCUGGCCCUCCUCUACCACCGCGCCACACAGCUCUUCCUCCCUCCUCCGACCGCCACGUCAUCACCACCUCCCAGCUUCGCCAUAACCCUCGCUCUGCUCGUCGCCGACCUCGUCCUCGCCUUCAUGUGGGCCACCCACCAGGCCUUGCGGAUGAACCCAAUACGGCGCCGCGAGAAGCUGGACAAGCUGCAAAACGACGUCGUCAUGGGGAGUGAGUUGCCCGGGCUGGACGUGUUCAUAUGCACGGCGGACCCGUACAAGGAGCCGCCGAUCCGGGUGGUCAACACGGCGCUGUCGGUGAUGGCCUACGACUACCCCAGGGACAAGCUGUCGGUCUAUUUGUCGGACGACGGCGGGUCGGCGUUGACCCUGUUUGCGUUCAUGGAGGCGGCCAAGUUUGCGAGGCGGUGGCUGCCGUUCUGCGACAGGAAUAAAGUGGUGGAGCGGAAUCCGGCGGUCUUUUUUGGAUCGGGUAGUCGGUGUUCCGAUGUGGCAGGUGAGGUCGAGGAGAUUCAGAACAUGUACGAGAGCAUGAAGGUGAAGGUGGAACGUGUUUUGGAAAGUGGGAAGGUGGAUGAGCAGUGUCUCGACAGCCCUCAAGACAGGGAAGCUUUCGACCAAUGGAAGUCCCACGAUUUCACAAAGCAACACCAUCCCGCCGUUAUUCAGGUCUUGGUGGAGAGCAAAGCAGACAAGGAUGGCGAUGGACGAACGAUGCCAAACCUCAUCUACGUUUCCAGGGAGAAAAGCAACACUUCUACACAUCACUUCAAAGCUGGCGCCCUCAACGUUUUGCUCCGGGUGUCAGCUACGAUGAGCAACGGCCCAAUAGUGCUGGCCGUGGACUGCGACAUGUACUCCAACGACCCCAAAACGCCUCUCCGUGCGAUGUGCUACUUCUGCGAUCCUAAUCUCGGCCCAGAAAACUCGGCUUACGUUCAGUUCCCACAGAAGUACCAUGGAAUCAACAAGAACGACAUCUACGCCGGGGAAUUCCAGCGUCUGUUCCAGAUUCAGGCCAUGGGGUUCGACGGUCUGCGUGGUCCGAACCACGUUGGCACCGGUUGCUUCUUUCGUCGAAGAGCUUUCUUCGGACCCCCAUCGAGCCCGGUCACACCCGAGAUACCCGAGCUCCAACCCGACCGAGUUGCGAACAAAAAUGGUUCGAUCCGGUCCGGGUCGGUUUCGGAAUUGGCACAUAAGCUUGCUGGUUGCAACUACGAGAGUCAAACCCACUGGGGGUCCAAGAUAGGGUAUAGGUACGGAUCGUUGGUGGAGGACCUUUUCACCGGGUAUACCCUACACUGCGAAGGGUGGCGGUCGGUUUUCUGCUGCCCGGAGAGGCCUGCGUUCCUUGGGGACGCCCCGAUCUCGUUGUUGGAUUUGUUAACUCAACAGAAGAGGUGGGCGACUGGAGUGCUUGAGAUCGGCUUCUCCAGAUUUACCACCUUCACCUACGGUCUCAAGUCGUCGGCCGGCCUUCUCACUUGCCUUGCGUAUUCGCAGUACGUACUCUGGUCCAUCUGGUCGGUCCCUCUCACCAUCUACUCCUUCCUUCCCCAAAUCGCUCUCCUCAAUGGAAUCCACCUCUUCCCUAAGGCAACGGAAGCAUGGUUCUGGCUGUACAUAUUCGUGUUCGUCGGAGCCUACGGACAAGACGCGUUGGAGUUCGUGCUGGUGGGCGGGACCGUCCAAAGAUGGUGGAGCGACCAGCGAAUCUGGCUGCUACGUGGGCUGUCGAGCCACCUGUUCGGUACGGUGGAGUACUUCCUCAAGUUCCUCGGCAUGGCGGCCGGAUUCAACGUCACCAGCAAAGUGGUCGACGAGGAGCAGAGCAAGAGGUACGACCAGGGCAUCUUCGAGUUCGGCGUCCAUUCCCCGAUGUUCGUUCCCCCGACGGUGGCGGCGCUGAUCAACUUGCUGGCGCUCGUUCAGGGCCUCGUCGUGGUUCUUGUCGGGAUCUGCAGUGGUGGUGCUGAUGUGGCGGCGGAGGUGCCGGUUGUGGAGUUGCUUGUGGCUGGGUUUGGGGUGGUGAACAGCUGGCCGAUUUACGAAGCUGUGGCUUUGAGGAGUGAUGAUGGGAGGAUGCCGCUUAAGACUACUGUUUGGUCUGUAGCGCUUGCUUUGCUUGUUUAUGGAACUGGUUCCUUGCUUCUCAGGUGA